CGAAGAUGUACUGCCCCGUAUUCUUCUCUCAAGGUAUCAGUAAGAGGCAUUACAGACUGGAGUGCAGGUACCCAGCUUUUGAAAAACCUUCAUACACCAGCACACUUACCCGAAGCGCCUCAAGACCUGCGGACAUUUGUACAUAAAGUUCAGGUUGCUGCAAUCAAUGAGAUGGGAAAAGGGCCUUAUAGUUUUGGAGUAACAGAAUCUCUCCAGCAGCACAAGCCAACUCCAUCUCUCCUCGUGGUCAGUGACAAGUCUCUUAUUAAGCUUGAUGCAGACCUUCAAGAGGAGGUGGAGGUAUUAAGUGAGAAUUCCAGAGUACAGUGGGCAACACCUUUACUAAAGAAUUCCUCCUUUGCAUGGAUGGAUAUGAAUUCAGAUAUAUAUUUAACUGACAUGAAGACAAACUCUACUGAGAGGCUUUUGCGGCUUAAUGAUCAAGGUGUUGGGUUGGCAGUAGACUGGAUUGGUGAAGUGAUUCUCUGGGCUGAAAGAGAGUCAGUGGCAUCAAAUGAAGUCAAGAUUAAGACUUUCAAUACUGACCAGAAAACUGAGACAUUGGUUACAUUAUUAAACAUAACAGCAACAUCAAGAAAUUCUUACUGUCUCCAAUGACCAGUCAGGUGUUCCUGCUACAUGAUGGUCAUAAAGAUCUCCAGCUACUAAGUAUGAGGCUCUCAGUUAACACACUACAGAAUGUUUUCAGUGAAGAGAGGAGUUCAGAUUGUAACUGCAUGACAACUCCCAGACUGGGCGGAGGCAUUGCACUGGACACUUUAAAUACAUCUGAUCUCUCUCUAUAUUUUGUUGCAUCUCAGCCACCUCUGGAGCCUCUCAAAACUACAACUGUUUAUAAAACUGAUCUUUCUGGAUGUUUUUGUGAAGCCAUUUUUGUGCCCGAAGACUAUGGAUAUGGUGCCUGUACUGAAAUAGCAGUUGAUUAUGCUUAUCUAUACUGUUUUAUAGCAAGUAAUCAGACUCUUCUGUGGCUGCCUAAAAGGGGUAUAGAAAAACCUGAAGACUUGCACUCUCAGCCACUGCACAAUACAACAUCUCUUAUUCCAGUUGAUCUUGCUAUACAACCUAUGCCAGAUGCAGAAUGCUUAGUCACAUCCAAUUACACAGAAGCUCCCACAAAUGCUGGCACAACAGAAACAGUUAUUGCCAUACAGUUGACAGCUCCAGAAGCUAAGACAGAUAACUGCAGAUUGAUAAUUCCACCACCUGUUACCUACAUUGGAUAUUAUGCUCCUGUAACACACAAUGAGUCAGUCUCCUGCUUCACUGAUAUAACUCACUGCCAGUAUAUGAAGAGUAUGAGAAAUGUCAUAAGAGUAACUGGACUGCAGCCAUACACUCAGUAUGUGUUUCGUGGUGCCAUAGAGACAAUCUAUAACAAAAGAAUGGGAAUCAAAUCUGUAGCAGGUCCUGCUGCCAUAUUUAAAACAAAGACCAAAGCACCAGAGGGUGUAGACAAAGUAACAGCUGAAGCACUGUCUCCAGAAGAAAUUAAAGUGACUUUUAACGUCAGUGAAGGACAGAUGUGCGAAGUUUAUUGGCAAAGAGCAGACACCAACCUUGGCCCCAUUCAUCCCACAGUUAACAGCAUGCAGGAAAUAUCAGUCAGAAUUAACAGACUGCUUCCUAACACUAAAUAUGAGGUCUGGGUAAGAGUCUAUUCCCAAGAUAGACUUGUGCAUACAAAAGUCCACGAGUGACUGUCAUCACCCUUCCUGAACUACCACACAUCAGAUUGAAAAAUGCAACCGCACGCACACUUUUCAUUAACUGGAAGGCACCAUCAGACAGAUCUGUUUUGCGACAUGCUUUUCAGUAUACAGCCUUUGGUGACAGUAUCUGGGAAAAUCUCACCAUGGAGCAAACAACUGCUGGACAAACCUAUUUUGCCAACAUCAUUCAUCUGGCACCUGCCACCUCAUACAUAUUUAGAGUUCAGGUUAUAUACAAUAAUACUUACUACAGUUAUACUUGGCCUGAACAACCUCUCUUUAAUUUUUCCACAUUGGCUGAGAUUCCAGGUGAACCAGGACAAGUGAUGCGGCAGCAGGUGGGCAGGGUCUUGCCUGGCAGGUGGCUUGAGGCUCUGGUGGAGUGAGGCAAAACCAAAUGGUGCUCCAGUUAUUGCAUAUACCCUGCAAGCUUCCCUCUAUAAUUCCAAUGACUUUGACAACAAUAUUACCUAUGCUACCAUAUAUAAUGGAUCGGAUAAUUAUUGGCUUAUCAAAGGAUUAGAAGCAGAAUCCAGUUACAUCUUUCGAGUCCGUGCCAUAAAUGAACUUGGAGCUGGCCCUUGGGGAGAAGUCAAUGUGAUUGACACAGUAGUUGGGGCAACCAUGCUGACACAGACUGAUCUCCCUACAAUUCUUGCAUCAAACUAUACCAACAUCUCU